ACUACGAUGGAACAAACUUUACAGAGCGCUUUGGAGUGGGCGGAUGAUAUUAUUGAGACUGUCCAGCAGCAGCCCCCUCCAGGGAGACCCGCAACUAAUGGGGAAAAAUCUCUUCAGGAAAAACUGUAUGAAAUUUAUGUGGAGGAAUGUAAGAAGGAGCCUGAAGCAGAGGGCCUUCGAAGCAAUGUCAACUUGCUAGAGAAGCUUAUGAAGAGAGAGGCGUUGCCGUGUUUAGUGGUCAACCUGUAUGCAGAAAAUCAGGGCUAUUCUCUCCUGCUCAAGGACAAAAGUGGGUCAUUUUCAGAGCCCUUUCAGUUGCCUUAUGAAGUAGAGAAACUGCUCGAAUAUUUGGAUGCUGAACAGUUACCUUCUUUUCUGAUCGAUGCCCUGGAAAAGUCCCCUGUGAAUGUGUUUCACCAUGGGUGUGUCAUAGCAGAAAUUCGAGACUUCAGGCCGUUCAGUACUGGCUACCCUCCUGGGGAGCCUGGUGAAGAUCCUACUGCAUCAUCUACUGAGUCUGCUGUCUCAUCUACUGUGUCCUCUCCUGCUUACCAAACUCGUCACAUCCUCUUACGUCCGACGAUGCAGUCACUAGUGAGUGAUGUGGAGUCCAUAACAAGUGACAACCGUCAGUGGACCCAGGAAGAAAAACUUGAACUUGAGAGCCAACUGAUCUUAGCUACAGCAGAGCCACUGUGUCUGGAUCCCUCUGUUGCUGUCGCCUGCACAGCCAACAGACUGCUGUUUAAUGAGCAGAAAAUGAACACUGACCCCAUGAGGCAAUGCUUCAAGAGGCAUGCAUGCUCCUCUCUGGAUCCACAAGAUGUACCAUCUGGGUAUGCCUAUCCCCCUGACUCCACAACAAUGACUCCUUUCAAAAAACAGGCAAAAGUAAGAGCAGGUAACCCAUCUGAGCUGAACAUUGAUGGAAUGGAAACAUGGAAGCAGACACUCUGUGAACCAACUGCUCCUCCAGAGAUGGACAUGCAGAAAUACAUUGAAGAGAUGCCUUCUCUGCCCUUUGGUGAGUCAGAACCAACUGUCUCGGCAGCCCCUGAGGUAAAAUAUGGUUGUAUGUUUGAUUAUGAGGAUGACACUCCAUUUUGGAAUAUGAGUCCAAGUAUCAUGAAGACCCUUGAUGGUCCACUUUUUGCUGAUGAGAUAGAGGCACCUCCAGAGAGCAGAAGUGAUAGCAGCCUACAUUUCCCUCCCAUGUCUCUGAGUGAUUAUGUAGAUGAGUUCGUGGCUGGGAUAGACACUGAGCCUAAGAAGUCAGUGCAUGUGUGCCAAGAGCCUGUCCAGAGCCAAGCCAUGUGUCCAGAUAAGAUGCCACAGGGGUUUAGUAGCUCAGUCUGUCUUCCUCAACCAUCCCCGGGGAAGAAGCCCACAACCAGUUUAGUGUCAGCCUCAGCCUUAGACAAGGAAAGCAGACCUCCUCUGCCAGUCUCACUUGUCCCCAUCUCAGGACAGGGCUCCUCAGCUGUCAGGUCCAUCACACCACAGGCUGGCAAGGACAUACCACCUGCUCCUAAAGCAGCCACUGUGGUUCGGCAGACUAUUAUGGGACUGAGCAAGGUUAAAACCCUUCCUCCAGUUAUCCAAUCCAAAGCUAGGUCAUCAGAAAACAAUCCAAAGAUUCAGCCUACCAGCAGCACCACUGGUGUGAAUGUGAUCCAUGUAGUAAGGUCUCUGCAAAACCCUUCUAGGUUGGAGAGUAAUUCAACCCAGGUCCUAGGCAGACCUAGUGGUACCCCAGCUGCUGAAGGGAUUACUCCAAAUAACCUACCAACCAGAGAGCAGCUACCUGGGCCAGCACAGCGCCCUGUGAAGCCACCUAUGCAACUCAUUAUAAAUAAUACAACAAGUCCCUUAACUGUAAGGCUUCCCGCUGGCUCUGUCAUUUUGCGCCCAGAGCCUCAGAAGCCAUCCCAGGGACAGCUGCAGCAGCCACAGCAAAUAUAUGUAUUGAUUCCAAAACAGCAUCAGCCAGCCAGGGCCUCUGUCCCCCCACAGUCACAGCCAGUGCCACCAGCUUCCUCCCAGGGGUCUAACCAUCAGCAGUUGUCCCUGCCAGCUCAACAAACUAGUCACCUUAACAUUGAGCAAACUGGUCGCCUUAACACUGAGAGGACCAGAGUGGCUCAACAGACCCAGACAUCAGUGGUAUGUCAGGUGGGCUCCACCCAGCAGAGUCAUAGGCAGAGUGUUCGUUCCCAGAGCUUCCAGCUCUCUGCUACCCUGGUACAGCAGGGGCAGAGUCAGACCCAGAAUGUGCAGUUGAGAAUCAUACCACGAAUAAUGGCUGUGUCCACAGCAGACACUCAGUACUCUGACUGUGGGUCUGCAGCUGGAGAACCCAGUGAGAGUGGAACAGGAGGUCCACCAAACACCCCAAGGUCCUAA